GGUUCUCAUUAAUUAUAUAACAAAUCUCAAACAUUACUGACAUAUUCUGAUAUCCACGUUAGAUGAUCUCUUAUUAACGUAACCCCCCUCUGCCGGAGCAGAAAGAUGCUCCUGACAGUGGUUUAGUAAGAGUGUUGAUAAACAGCAGCGAUAAUGCUGCUUCUCUGCUGCUCCAGCCCAAAACAUUAAAUCACACAACCAACGUGUCUCCUAAAGCAGGAGUAUCCAUGCAACAGCAUCCAUGACCUAUAAUAACCCCUAUGGAUCAUUCCAAUAGCUCCUGUCUUUCAUCGUUCCUAACUAUUAUACACUCACCUAAAGGAUUAUCAGGAACACCACACUAACACGGUGUUUGACUCCCUUUCACCUUCAGAACUGCCUUAAUUCUACAUGGCGUUGAUUCAACAAGGUGCUGAAAGCAUCUUUAGAAAUGUUGGCCCACAUUGAUAGGAUAGCAUCUUGCAGUUGAAGAUUUGUGGGAUGCACGUUUAUGGCACGAAGCUCCAUAUACAUAUAUAUAUAUAUAUAUAUAUAUAUAAACUUUGCAAAGCAAGAAUUUGGUCUAGUUCACUAGGCUAAAACUCACUAUAUUCGACGGUCUCAAUUAGUUAAGAGCUAUGACAAAGGUGGUAUUAAUGCACUGGAUUUGGAAACCAUGAUUGGGGCGUUCAGAGUCAAUUUUUUUUUCUUUUUUUUUUUGCGUUCAGAGAGAGUCAACGGGCUAAAAACACCCCUCGGUCGCGCGCCAGCCUGAAACAACGUCAUUUCCGCUUGGCAGUUGUUUCUUGCCGGCGCGCGCUCCAGACGCAGGGGAAACAAAUUCUACCAGUUUUAGAGAAAAGGUAAAUAUAAGCUGACAAGUUAAUGACGAAACAGCGUUUAGUUUGGCAAGUUUAUGUAGCAGUUCAUACGUUUUUCCAUUAUCCCACUUUGAAGUGAGUACAUGAAAGUAACGGGCUCUCCGUGAAUUGUUGUCGGGUCUCGGAGACGGCGCAGACGGAAGGAAAGGAAGCAGAAGCGGGGUUGCUGAUCCGUUGUUGUGCUAAAGCUAAGGAAACAACCACAACACCUAGCUCUACCUAGCCCGUAUAUCACCAAUGUCGGAUCCAUGGUGCAUAGAAUGGAUGACCUGGAAUUACAACUCGCUGGAAUUCGUUAUGUUCGUGCCUGAUGCGUUUUGAUUUUCAACGAAAACCGGGCAUCACCGGGAAUACCCGAAGCUAGCACGUAGCUAGCAGGCCGCACGCUGCUCCGUGGCGGCAAAGAAAGAAAACGAACUUUUACAAAGCGCCUCUCAGUAUACCAUACCAUACCAUCUUUAUUUAUAAAGCACAUUUAAAAACGGCAUGGCAGCCGACCAAAGUGCUGUACAGAAUAAAAAGUAAAAACAUAAUAUAAAACAAUACACAGUAAACAAUAAAAUGCAAAACAAGGCAGAUGAUUACAGUCAAUAAAAAGACACCUAAUAAAAGUCAGGGAUUUUAAAAGGCCUGGUUGUAAAAGUGAGCCUUCAGCAGAGUAUAAAAACCACUGUUUUGUAAAUUAAUCAUUGGUUGCAUUAAUGCAAACCUUAAAGACAAUGUAUAAAAUAAUUAAUUAUAAGACCCUGAAAAAAUAUUUUAAAUAAAUAAAUAAACAAAUAUUUCUUUUAAAAGUGCAAAAUACUAAUUCAAGGUCACUUCAGUUAUGUUUUACUGUCAGCAAAUGGUAGGAACUGCUGAGGGCAGGGGCAUAAAUAACAACAAUUUUGCCCAUUGGUCAACCACUACAAGUUGUGUCCUCAAUUACAAUCUCACACACUGCGAAAAUCCUCAUGCCAAAUAAUCCAAUAAUAAUCCAAACAAGCAAUGAGGUUGGACGUAUUAAACUUUCCCGGGUCUUACGAGAAAAGCGUGCAUGGCAAAUGUUACACUGAGCCACACUGUCUUUUUUGAACUUUAACAUAAAUUACUGCCACAAGGCAGACAUUGCUCUUGUUCCUUGCUGCUUUGCUAGCAUGCAGUGUUCUGAUCACGUGGGCUUUGCUUGCUAGAUUUGGGCGCUGCUGGACAAAAUUUGUUAGAAUGAAAUUGAAAGCGCAACAGACUGCUUAUAUCGAAGGUUUUUGAUGCAGUCUGAUAUAAUCCAAUAGUGUAUUUGGGCUGAUAUCGGACCUAUUUUCGAUAUUGGAAUGGGGCAUCCCUAGUUUUUGGUUUUCUAGUUGAGUUUUUCUAGACAAAUUUGCUAUUUGCUCCAAUACUUUUAACUGUACAACAAAUCGUUUGGUCAUGGUCUGUUGUCCCUACACUAUCUCAAGCACUUAUUACGGGUCUUCUGAAGAAGAAUCAGAACCCUACAUCUUGUACUUCAUAUAGGCUUAUUUCACUGAAAGUAAACGUUAAAAUUUUGGCAACUCAUCUUGAAAAAGUACUCCCUGCCAUUAUCUCAGAUAAUCAGAAUGGUUUUAAUAAAGACCACCACCUGUUUUUAAUGUGAUUAGCGUCUCUGGAUUCAAGUUUUUAGGAGUCAAUGUAACUUGUACUUUAUCCUCUUUAUAUACUUCCAACUUCUUUUCUCUUAUCACCCAGCUCAAAUCUGUCUUCCAGAGGUGGAAUUCAUUACAUUUGUCUCUAACUGGCCGAAUCAAUACGGUCAAGAUGAAUGUCCUGCCCCGAUUGCGGUUUUUGUUUCAGUAGUUCCCACUAUUUCUGAUUUAAGCUUUUUUCACACAAUUAGUUUAGCUGGUUUUGUUGUUCUUGUGGUGAGGGAAACAUUCCAGGGUGAGGAAAUCAUUAUAAUGUAGAUUGAAAUUUGAUGAAGGGUUUGCCUUGCCUAAAUUUUGAUUUAAUUAUUUGUCCGCUUAUAUUCACAAAUUAACAUUGGCUAGAUUCCUGUGAGCUGUUGUUGUGUAAGUUAGAGAGCUUGUCUUCCACCUCCUUAGAGGUAUUCGUGUCCUCUCCGUUGCCACUCAAUCUGCCUCGCUUCACAACUAAUCCUGAGGUACAAGCUAGUCUUAAGGUUUGGGCAAAAUACAGGAAUCCUUUUAAAUACACUUCCCCAACCGUACACAUGCCCAUCACUCUAAAUCAUUUAUUUCCUUCUUGUCUCACUGAUGGUACAUAUGCCCAGGGUAGAUGUCAUGGAAUUGCCACCUUUGAAGGCCUCUAUAGGCAUGGUGCUUGUUUCUUUUUAGUUUUUCAAACGUCUAUUUUUAAGCGGCCUCUCAACUCUUCCGUGUUUUUCAGGUUCAACAUUGUCUCUGCUCUCUUUCCCUCAAAUCCCUCUCUUCCGAGCGUUCAAACAUGGGAAGAAUUAUCUCUUAAAUCCCCAAAAAAGUCGCUUAUAUCCCUGAUAUACAAACAACGUAAGGACGCAAACAGGAGCUUGGGAACGUGUUACGUGUAACACUUUUAGAUCAACGAUGGGAAGCCGCGGUGUCCAAUGUUUGUUGUAGUGCAUCAAGGGCUAGGUUGCAACGUAUUCAGUUUAAGGUUUUAUACAAAGCCCACUAUUAGAAAUCUUGUCCUUCUAAAAGCUAUCCUCAUGUGGAUGUGUGAGAGAUGUCAAGCCGCUCCGAGUCACAUGUUCUACUCAUGUCCCAAACUAUGUAGCCUCUGGAUCCGGUUUUCAGCUGUCCUUUCCAGAGUUCUCAGGGCUCCCAGUUAAUACCGUCUCGGCUAAUCCCAUUCAUUCUAAAAUAUUGGUCUUUGUGUCACUUUUAGCCAGAUGCUGCAUAUCACUUAGUGAAAAUAUCCUUCAGUUUCUUUUUAAUUUCAAUCUUUUAUGUCGUUUUUUGAAUUAGACAAAAUUGCUUUGCACAUCUGUGGGACCCCUUUUGGGCCAUUCCCAUCUGUACCAGGCCGACCAGGGCCAACACACCCACUGCUGACAGCAAAUUCACACCUUCCAUUAGAGCAAGCCUCUGAUUGGUGGGUAGAAUCAGCCCACAUGGGCUUAAGACAAGGAUGUGUGGAAUCAACCGGGCCAGGCUGGGGCCGACUGAGGCUACCCGGCCUGGGCCGACCCGGUACAGAUGGGAAUGGCCCAUUUGUGGACCAUUGUAGGUCACUGUGGGAGUUACUUAACUCAUUCAUUGCCAUUGACGACUAAAGUCGUCAGUUGCAUGUUUUUACUGUGUGGGCAUCGGAACGAGCCCCCGCGCCAAUGGAACAAACAUCUCAGCUCUGAAGCCGAUCUUCAUCCAUAUACGUCACAUGUCACAUGAUCAGGAAGCAGAAAAUUCAUGUGUUAGAUAGUUUUGGGCCGUUCCUGUUUAAAAAAAAAGUGAGGCGCGAACCGAAAAAGCUUCUGCCGAUCACAAUUCAACAACGGAUUAUGAAAGAAUGGAUAAAGCUCAAAACACGCGGGUUCUUCCCAAUGUAAGAGGUGAGUCUCUGCUUUGUUUUGGUUGUUUUGGCGUCAACAUCAUUCUAGCGUGCAACUUUCUGAGACUCUUAACAGUAAAAACAGCGAGAAACGCUGGCAGCGAAUGAGUUAAUAUCCUCAGCCUUUUUUUUAGAGUAGUGUUUUGUUUUGUUGUGAACAAGCUCCCAUAAUACUGGUAUGAAAUUGAAGCCAACAUGGAAGUGACAAAAAUUGCAGUUCCACCCUCAUCCGCUGGGGGCUGGUGUCAGAAGUGAGCAAAUCCUCAUUGACUCCCAUGUUAAAAAUACCAAUUUCACAGCAGAAAUAAACAUCUUUACAGCCUGGUACCAAAACAUGUUUUUGGUUUAAAUGAUCUAGUUUACACUCAUGACAACUCUGAGGGGGAUGAAUUUUUUGUCACUCUUCCGUUUAAGUGUAUUAAAAGCCUAAAAUUCUGAAUAAUUGAUGAGCAUCAGACCCACGUGACCACAGAGCUAGCUCCGUGGAAAGGCCUCAGCCUGAAAACUGUUUAGCCAUUUUCACUCUCUCACCUUAGACCAUUAGUUGUAGCAUUUGUGCGUUCUUUUUGGAUAUUAUUUGCGCAAUUGUUGGACAAAAUGACUUGCUGUGGUAUUAAUUGCACUAAUAGAGCGUCCAAGAAGUCUCCACUUUUUUGGUAAGUAAAAAUAUAUUUAUGUAUUUUAGGUCACUGCUGCUUUUGCACUAGCUGAGCUUAGAUUUUAACAUGUACUGUUUAACCAUGAAUUUUAAAUGUAAUAGGGUAAAACCCAGUGCAUUUAACAUAACGCUGCAUUUUUGAAAAUGGGUUGAAAUAUAACAUGUUGGUGGAGCUGGGUUCCGACUAUCGGUAUAGUCCCCUCCCCUCAGCUCGGUGCGGUGCCUGUCUGCUACGCAUGCUGCCGGCUUGUGGAGCUCUCGGGAGACCUCUGUGUUCCACCCGGUUUUACCCAGCAGUCAGCCUGGCAUAUCUCUGACUAAGAAGCUCCGGUGUUGUGCACAGUUAUCUGGUUGUAGCUAGGUUGCUACCUCCGUUAGCUUAGCUCCCACCUCCGCGUUAGCUUUGGUUUAGCUUGUAGCUACAUAGCUUCAGUUCGAUGGGUUUCGUCAUUUGAUCCCAGCCUUAAAGCCCCACCCUCAGCUCCACCUCUCUUCCCUUUUUUGGAAUUUUCUGGGCUUGACGGAACCUGUGACACAGUCAAAAUGGCGGUAGUGGCCACCUCCCAUUUUGGCUUUAAAACGUGUUAUUGGAGCCUCUGGGCACAAAUUGUCCAGUAUAUAUGUCGAUGGUUGUGAAAUAAAAUAAAAAUGUACAUGUUAGAGGAACCACAUUUCUAUGUAUCGUUUCUCCUAAGAACUGGAGGAGCUGGUUUCAAUCUCAUUGUACUUGCGUGUAUUGACAAUAAAAUGUUUUCUAUUUUAUUCUAAAGCUUAAUAAGGAGACCUUCUUGUAAUCAUUUAUUACCGUGUCUGUGGCCAUAUUUGAAACAUGUUUGUUUAUGUUUGGUCAUUUAUGUUUGGGUUCAUUUGCCUUUUAGGGACCAGACAUAGUGUGAAGUGGAAGAACUGCUAACUCUGCUAAUAAAUAACAUCUUAAUCCCUGGGACUGUUCUAGCCAGACUCACAAUAGCCAUGUCCAGUCAGCAUGGUAAACAGGCCAUGUUUAGCAUCAGAUGAUUAGUGAAAUGUGCUUUCUUGUCACUUGAAUAAUCAUUUUGUUGGUCUGUUUGUCCAGAACUCUCAAAGUAGCUCUGGAACCAAGAGAGAACCUCCAGUUUGGACCAGGAACAGCCAGAACCUUUACAGGAGGAACCAGAACUCUUCACAGAGGUCAGAGGUCAUUUUCAUGUGAAAUCUGUGAAAAUUCUUUGUUUUGUUUUCUUGUUGUUUUUGAACUCAUCACAUGAGAACUCACACAGGUGAAGUCUUCAGCGUGUUUGUUCUGUGGAAGGAGAUUCAGCCUUGAAUCCUGUUUUUGCAUCUUCCAGCAGCUAAAAGAGGCAUUUUGGUUUGUAAACGAGAACACUCCCCUUCAAAAACAAACACCUACGUCUAGGGACGAUCCGAUCACGUGAUCAAAAAUUAGGCCUGAUAACGUGAUUUUGAAAGGAUCAUAAUUGAGAGAAAUAAAUUGGAUUUAGCCUUUUUAAAUUAAUUCUGACAGAGAUAUUCAAAUUGAAUAAAAAUGGCUUAGUUUUAAUUUAAAAAGUUCCUCUACAUCAAUAAUAUUUGUUUCUUGUACGAAAACAACAAUAACAUCAAACAAUUAAUUUACGGCAGUCAAGGACUUAGACACCAAGUGCCGCUGUUAGCAAGCCUGCUACACAGAGCUAACGUGUCUCCUCAGGAGAGCUAUAAUAUCUGCAGCUUUGUGGUAUUUUAAACCGGACAGCAAAGGCAGAGCUACAGACACUUACAUGCAUACUGAGUGUUCAACAUGCUGGACACAGCUCCAUGAUUCACUGCCUUUAAACAAGCUACUUUUGCGGUCAGCUUUUCUCUUCGGGCAUCAACAAAGCAAAUCACCGGUCUUCAGUAAUCCCGUUUACUUCUAACAGCUUGAAAUAAGAGCAACACUGCUACUUUUAAAGCCCCAGUGUGUGAUAUUUUUACCAGUUUACCAUCAAAUCCUGUGUUUCCAGUUCACAAACUUGCCCUUUUCACUAACAUUUCUCACCAACAUCAAAUCUAAAUAUUCCUCUCGACUUAAAAUUAUACAUUUUUAUAUACAUAAACUGUGGUCGACGCUCCAUGCUCAUCCGCCAUCUUAAAAUACAGUAGCUGUUUAGGGACAUACGAGCUCCACGUUACCCGUUUGGACUAUGACUGUAACCUGAAAGAACCAGCAGAGGGCAGCAGUGCGCCCUGGAAGCAUGGACUGCUAAUUCAACCAAGAAAUAGAAAAGAAUAGCUACACUGUUGCUGUACUUGUUAGUUUGAAUAAUAAACAAUUAAAUCAAAAGACCUAAAAUUUGCCAGUUCGUCAUCAUGUCCAACACAAGGAAGUUGUUCAGACCCCCGCCCGCUAUUAGCUGUUCACAGCCUCAGAUUAGUGUCUCUGACUCCCAAACUCACCUCAAGUUGUUCAUUCGUCUUUUCCUAGUACCAGAACUCCCGACCCGGUCCCAACGUGACCGUUCCGAAGUACUUCUACUCAAGUCUCCUCUCAUCCCGCAGCCUGCUGUCUCUCCCAACAUGCUCCAGCACUAGUCCGCUAGCCAGUGGCUAACCAGCGUUGUUUACUUGAUCUCCACAACACUCCACUAAUUGCGAUGUAGUUCUCCACGCAUUACAGAGACGCCCCGACUCAGAGGGCUUAUUCUCAAACGUUACCUUUAGACUUGGGUCUCCUUUUGCUGGUGAUCCGUGGGAGUUUAGGCGCAGCAUGUACAGCGUCUCCCCGGCUCUAGCCAUGGCUAACUAGUAGCUCGUUACACCCAUCUCCAUCACGCCAGCCGUGAGCCACGAUCAGCUGGUGGAUAAGUCAGCAUUGUUUAGUUGAUAUCCAUCGUGUCCCCGGCUCACCAACAGUCCUUCACCAGCCGUGGCUAACGAGCAGCCAGUGAUCGCUCCAUAUCCAUAUAAGCUGGUAGCAGCAGCCAGUUUGUUUACAUUGAGGCACCGUGAUCCACGUGAAACGGAUGUUGUGGGAAAUUAUGUUCCUCUGAAAUAUUCUGUUUCCCUUAGGAAGUCAAGAGCAAAUAUUUCCAAAUCCACAGAACUUAUUGUCCAUUAUGAGGACUAAACGACCCCAAAUAAAAGAUGUUAAACUGAGUGAGAUUACAUCUUUUUACAUAACUUUCAAAAGUGAUAAAUAAGCUUGCUGCAAAAGAGUGAACAAGUGUUUUUAUUGUUUAUUGUUUUUAGGAGGAAAUGUAGAUAAAAAUCAUAUUAUUACAUUACAUUACAUCAUUUUCCCGUAAAAGUUUAUCACAAAUGUUGUGAAAAUAGCCUGAAGUGCGAUCUCCCGACACGGGGUGACAGAAUAUUUCAGGGGAACACAAUUUCUCACAACACCUGACCUCCCGGCUGACGUCACCCCUCCUCCGUGUGUGAAUGGUGACAUCUUCAAGAUCUAACAGAACUAGCUUGCUUCCUUCAGGACUGGUAGCCUGAUAAAACAGUCAUAAUUAAAAAUGUCUUUUUAAAGAGGUCAAGUAGCUUGUUUUAAGCUUUGUGUGUGUUAGGCUACACAGGUUGGAAAUUGCUUAUACAGUCAAACUCAUGAGUGAGCCACUGUAGCUGCAAUACUUUCUCUGAACUGCAUGGCGCUAAAGAGUCACAUUUUUUUCAUCGCAAUUUCAGUGGAUUUCACACAUGAGGAUUUUAAGUAUAUAGUCACAAUAUAAACAAGUUUUUAAUCGGCGUACUUCCUAAAAAAAUGAAAGUAGAACUUAAAGGACAAAUUGGAUGCAUUUUUUUUCUUGUUUGAAUGCUUUGCUAAAAGUUAUUUAUUUUUUCUUAUUAAUUUAAUGCUUUUCUGAAAAGUAUCAGAUCGGGACUCUGUAUCGGCAGAUACUCAACAUAAAAUGACUCAGAAUCAGAUCAGGAGCAAAAAAACAUGAUCGAAACAUCCCUACUUGCGUCUUCUUAUUUGCUCCUGAAUUGUUAUUUCACACCCGGUCUCAGUCGAUAUUUCAAAAUAAGAUAGUCAUAACUUUAAAAUAAGAAUGAUCAUUUGGAUUUCUUUAAAAAAUGUGUAAAAAAAUAUAAUUUUAAAAAUUUUGUAAUAAUACUGUUGGUGGAAAUCUCACAUAUUGAACCCAUAAGGAGGGGUUCAUUAGCGUUGUGUUGCAGAGGGACAGAGGAAGCUCCGUGACAGGUGUGAUGAGCUGUCACGGAGCUGCAGAGUAAACAGUCAGACAGAAUUCAUGUCGGAAGUUUAGAUGUUGGAGCAAUGUGCGACAAAUAGUUACCUCUCUGUAGUUUAGUGGUUUGUUUAUGUAUGAAGGAGGAUGAGAAGGGUGAAUGUCCAGCAGACAGAUCAGCUGUUUAGCUGGAAGACGAGAAAAGGAAACUCGCAGCCGGAGUCUGACGCCAAAGCGAGGGUUUUGAAAACGAUCCUCUUUGAGGAAGAUGAACUAGGUUAUGAGCUGACACUAAAAAGAAGUUAACAGCGGUGCUUUUUUAAAAUCUUGUCAGCUUUGAUUUGGUUAGCGGUCUGCUUAGUGACGUACGCUUUCAGGCGGUGUGCGCAUCACGUAGUGUGACCUGCUGGAGCGACCUCACUGAAGUCUUUCAUCAUACAGUGUGCCACGGACCAGCCUGUGUGACGGCCAAAAUUUGCAGUGUGAUCCCGGCAUUAUGGACGUAUUCUGUAGACUUUUACCUUGACAGAUGUCCAGCAGCAGAAAGUAUGUAUUUUGAUGCCCAUUCUGAUUGGUUGGUGAAAUGCUAGGUAACCCCCACUAAGGUGUUUUUGUAGCCCAACCCAAAACACCACAGCUCGUGCGAUCCUGCUCUCUUUUUGUCACUAGUUUUAUCAACAUUUAAAUUGUGAUUGAAAUGUUUAGGGGUGUCAGAUAAUCGCGUUAAUUGUGAAAAUUGUGCCUAAUUUCAUCCAUAAUUACUGCAUCUAAUUUUUAAUCUAUAACUUUACUGUUUCUGCAGGCUGGCGUCUGCUGGAUUAGGAAGGACCGAUGUAAUGAACCUGACAGCAGCAUUUUGGACCAGCUACAGCUGUAACCGUGAGGACUGACUCAAGCUGGCAUACAAGGAAUUACAAGAGUCCAAUCUACACAUGAUAAAAAUGUAGCUUGCUAUUUCCAGCUCCUGUUUUGUGAGGAUCGGCUUGAUCUUGGCUGAGGAUUUUAAGUAAGUAAAUUUUAUUUUUAUAGCACUUAUCACAGACAUAGAAUCACAAAGUGCUUCACAUAGAUCAAAAUAAAACAAAGUCAUAAAAUCAUAAAUAGAUUAACAUCAUAAAAUCAAAAUGCUCUCAAAACAGAAUUAGAUUAACAUCAGAAAAAAUAGUCAUAAAAUUAUAAAUUUUCAUAAACGGAUGAAAGAUAAAAAAUUUGAGUUAAAAAUCUGGAAAUAAAAGGUUAAGUUUAAAGCAGCUUUAAAUAAAAGGGUCUUUAGCUGUUUUUUAAAAGUGUCCAGACUGUCAAUGCUGCGUAAGGAUAAAGGAAAAUCAUUCCAGAGUCGGGGUGCAACAGUCUGGAAGGAGCGAUCACCUCGACUUUUUUAUCUGGUCUUUGGAACUUCUAGAAGGUUCUGGUGGGUGGACCUGAGGGCUCGGGUUGGAGCAUAAGGCUUUAACAUAUCAGUAAUAUAGGGAGGAGCUUGACCAUGUAGAGCAUUGAAAGCUCUAGUCAAGAUCCUAAAAUGAACUCUAAAGUUAACGGGUAACCAGUGCAGAGACAUUAGAAUAGGAGUGAUGUGUGCUCCUCUGUUUGCUCCAGUUAGGAGCCUCGCUGCAGAGCUCUUGAACAACAGAAUGUGGUCAAGGGCUUUUUUGUUAAAACAUUAUAACUUAAAUCUGAACUAUAUUUGUGUAUGUGUAAUGAAUAAAUCUAAUAUACAAGUUUCACUUCUUGAAUAGAAUUACUAAAAAAAAAAUCACCUUUGUCAUGAUAUUCUAAGUUUAUGACCAGGACUUGUGUUACGGCUACCAGCCUGGCCAUUGGGAUGCGGGAGCCAGGAUCACCCAGCCCUGGUGAUCAGCCCGAUAUCGCCCCUCCUCCUCCUCUCUUCCAGGCUGCUGAGGAUCACAGCUGAGCUGAAUCCUGCACCCACACCUGGGAUAAAAAGGCUGUGCCUUCAGCAGUCUGGGAGGCAGCAGUGCAGGGGUUGUGCUGUCCUCCAGGCCUCAGUUUGGUUUCAACCCCUUUGUUUGCGAUGAGUUUUAACUUUUAAAGUUUUAACUCUGAGUUGAGGAGUUUUAAAGGGAAAAACUCCGAGUGAUACAUAGGGAUCUUUGGUUGAUGUCAACUUAGUUGACUCUGGUUUAAGGUUAACUCGGUUUUAGUUUUUAGACUUUUAUCAACUUCGUUGUGUUUUUAAAUCACCUUCAGUUUAGGUAAAACUUUAAAUAAAGUUUUAACCAGGUGUUUUAUAUAGUUGAUCAUUUGUCUUUUAAUUGUUAACCUUAUAGUGACAUUUUCGUUUUGCAUUAUUUUAAUAAUGCUCGCCAUCUGUUUGCACUUGUUUUUUAAACCUUUUAUAACAAUUAAACCCAUUUUAACUCCACUGUCGCAUUUCUUAUGUUGCCCCCUCCUUCACAUUUUAACAUCUCCUGUCGGGGACGUAACAACUGGUAUCAGGGACAAGUCCAAAUUUACUGAAAGAGUACAAAAGUUCCUAAAAUGUAAACUGCAGCUUUAAAAAAAAUGUAAAAUAUAUGAAAAGUCUGCUUCAACAUGUUGGAGUCUAAUGUCUUGGGACCCAUUUGAAACGUGAGCUAUGUUUCUAGGUUGAAGUGUAGUGAUACACUAAGCUCACAAACGCAAUAGGUCAUUGGCUCAAUUUUAGUCUUCUUACGUUCAUUCAAAUAAGUCGUGCUUGACAUAUACCUUAGUAACUAGCGUUGCCAUGGUAAUGGAUGAUGGCAAUCUACUUCAAUAGUGAUGUUCAAUGUCCUAUGACCCUUUUUAGGGUUUGAUGUUUCCAUGUUAAAGUUUAUUGAUACAGUAAUUGUUUUGUUAAAAAAUAUUCUUUUGAAGUCUAAUAAAAGAAGGUAAAUGGGGAAGUAAUGUUUGUUUGCUUAAAUGUAAAUUAGUUAAAAACAAUUAUGGUGGAACUGUGUUUGCCGGUGGUCGGAUCUGGACUAUAAAAGGUGAUGCACCAACCGACGCCCAGUUUUAGUAGUCAGACAAUCACAGGUACCAAACCUUGGCCCAUGUGAAGCACUUUUUGCUUAUGUGGCAAGCCUGUGUGGAGCUGGCAGAGUCUUGAUUCAAGCAGCGGGAAGGCAGCCGGUAAGAGAGAAACUUAGUAAACUUUAUUGCUGGAGUUGUUUUCUGGUUGGCUGUAGCUUAGCCAACGGCCUACUAGCAUGGUGAUGUGGCAUGGCCAUAUUUGUUUGACAUCAAUAGUUUGCACUGCAAAGCACUGUGUUUUAAGACUUUGUUAGCAACAUUUGAUAGACUUUGUCAUCUGCUUUUGUAAAUUUUAUAUGGAUUGAGCUAAAAGUUUAAGAUCAUUGAUUAAUUUAAAAACCAAUAAACAUGUUUAAGAUAUUUGCACUGCAUAAAUUAGAGAAUUAAAAGGUUGUUCAAAUUUGCAUAAAUUAUUAAAACAUUUAAAUAUUUAAAUAGUUAAAAUGAAAACAAUUAUUUUGAAGUUAAUUGUGAAAUGUACUAUUUUGUUUGUUCUCGGUUAAGUAUUUGUGCAAUUUGAAUUUAGUAAAAUGUAUAGUAUGGGUUUGUCGUAACCAUUUGCAUUUACAUGUUUCUUGUUUUAAUUGUUUUCAAGGUUUUUACCUGCACGAGACCAACCACAAUCCUAAACCUUCUAAAAACUACAAAUAAAAUGAAGACGACAAGGAAAAAUUGUGUGGUCCUUGAGUAAAACCCAGUCAUAUAACACUGCAAAGACUCUGCCAUCCCUUUCAAGUGGGGAUUCUACUCAAUUUAAGGCAAGACUUGACAAUAAUCUCUGAAAGUUUAUGAACUUUUGUUGCUAAUCACAUCGCCAUGGUAACUCAGAAUGCAACUAAAACUUGACGUUGACUAGUGCUUCCGCGAAUACUUGACCUAACCGAUGACGUCGAGUAUGAAAUAUUGUCAAUGUGAUUUUUUGCCGUCGACGCGUCCAUUUUAAACAAACCAAAUUAUUUUCAUCCAUACCAGUAGACGGCGCUGCGCGUGUCACCCAUGGACCUGCCCUCAGACGGCGGCUUUUCUUCCCAUCUGUUUUACAAGAAAACAAAACUAUCGUGGCGGAAAGGUAAGACGGUGCCGAGGCAGUCAGUAAAAGUUUAUUUAGGCCAAAGGGCUCAAAGGUAUGGGAAUAUUUUAGGCAAACAGAAAACAAACGAGUAGUUUGUACGCUCUGUAAGGCUUCUUUGGCCUACCACAGCAGCACCACCGCAAUGCACAAACACCUGAAAAGGAGGCAUACUGGAGCAAUUCAAGAGCCACCGGAAAAAUCCAAACCACCACCGUAAGUAUUAUUUUUUAACGUUCUAUGCUUGCUUCCACAUAUUUCUGAAAGGAAACUUACGUGUGGUCAUUUAAAGUUAUAUGUAGAUUUCGUUUAUAGUUGUUAGUUUUAGAAAUUCUGGUAAAGAACGGUUCUUUAUUUUAUAUCUGUAAAACAAGUCAAACUGUAAAGAAUGCGAACUUCAUGGACCUACAUCUUAUUAUAUGUUUCUCUUCUAGUUUUAAAAUAUUUGACGUGGUAGAUAAUAUUUUUGGUUAAGUUGUUAAAAAUACAACCAGAUAAAAUAAUAAAGAAAUCUAAAAUGCACAUAUGUAUUAAAUUCAAAAAAAUUGUUUGAUGCAGAUCAAAUCCCAAUUCGUUUAUUGUUUUCUUAUCCUUUCUCUUAGUCAUCGUCAAAGCCAAGUCACAGAAUUCCUUCAAAAAAAGGACGUCUCACCUCAGCAUGCAGCAGCUCUCACUGACAGCAUAUUGAAGAUGAUUGUUAAAGACAUGAGGCCGCUCAGUACAGUGGAUGACGAUGGUUUUCGUGCCAUGAUAAAAACAUUUCAACCUGCCUACAUUCUCCCUAAAAGAACGUGCUUCACCAACAUGAUGGAACAGAAAUAUUCCAAGGAGCUACAAAAGAAAAUCUUCAAGUGGUGAUGGUUAAAGAAGAAGCUCCUGAAGAUCAGAGUCCUGGUAUGGACCAGCAGGACCCAGAACACCUCCAAAUAAAGGACGAACAGGAGGAACUCUGGAUCAGUCUGGAGGAAGAGCAGCUCCAUUUGAAGGAGGAGACUGAUGCCUCCAGGUUUUCAUUCACUGCAGCUUCUAUAAAGAGUGAGGAUGAUGAAGAGAAGCCUCUGUUCUCACAGCUUCAUCAGCAGCAAAUAGAAAACAGAGAUGUUUCAACCAGCAGCUCCGCUGACCAGAUGAAAGCAGAAACUUGCAGGAACCCAGAUCUGAACUCUCAUGAACAGACACCUGAUUCUUCAGAAACUGAAGUUAGUGGAGAUGAAGAAGAGGAUGAUGAUGUGAAUCUAGACUCUGAACUGUCAGACUCAAAGCCAGAGACUGGAGAUGGAGACAAUGACAGGAAUAAGAACAGGUCUGCAGAGUUGGAUGUUAAAACUGCAAACAAAUCCUUUAGCUGCAAUGAGUGUGGUAAACGAUAUUUGCACAAGUGGUCUCUCCAGAGACACGUGAAAGUGACGAGUCAUUCAGCAAUAAUAUCUUCAGGCUGUUUGAUUAAUAAGAAAUGUGUUGGAGUGAAGCAACAUGUAGACUCGUGCAGGGAAGUCCAGACAGAACAAAAAUCAUUUAGUUGUGAUGACCAUGGAAAAAGAUUUACCAGAAUAUCAAAUUUAAACACAAACACGAGAGUUCACUCAGGAGUGAAGCCUUUUGCUUGUGAGCACUGUAGGCAAAGAUUUAGCCAAAAGUCAGAUUUAAACACACACAAGAGGGUCCAUGCACGACCGAAUCCUUUUCCUUGUGACCACUGUGGACAAAGAUUUAGCUGCAAGUCAAAUUUAAACGCACACAUUAGAGUCCACACAGGAAUGAAGCCUUUUGUCUGUGAGAACUGUGGACAAAGAUUUAGACAAAAGGUUCAUUUAAACAGUCACAUGAGUGUCCACACUGGAGUGAAGCCUUUUCCUUGCAAGCUCUGUGGAAAAAGAUUUAGCAGCAAGUCAAAUUUGAACACACACAUUAGAGUGCACACAGGAGUGAAGCAUUUUGCCUGCGAGGACUGUGGACAAAGAUUUAGUCAAAAGGCACAUUUAAACAGUCACAUGAGUGUCCACACAGGGGCGAAGCCAUUUUCUUGUGAUUUCUGUGGACAAAGAUUUACUGAAAAGUCAAAUUUAAAAAAACAUAUUAGGAUCCACACAGGAGUGAAACCUUAUGCCUGUGAGCACUGUGGGGAAAGAUAUCGCCAAAAGACAAGUUUAAACUUGCACAUGAGUGUCCACACAGGUGUGGACUCAGAUGGGCAAGAUAAGCCUUUUAUUUGUGAACACUGUGGACAAAGAUUUAGCUUCAAGAAAAAUUUAAACACACAUAUGAUUCUCCACGCACAGGGUUCGUACGGAUGCUUGAAAUCCUUGAAAAUGCUUGAAUUUUAAACACACGAAUGUCCACAGGAGUAAGUUCUUUUGAUUGGGAGCUCUGUAGACAAAGAUAUUGCUAAAAAAAAAAAAGGUUUAAACUUGCAUGUAAGAGUCCACACAUGUGUGAACUCCCAUGUGCAACAUAAGCCAUUUGCUUGUGUUCACACUGGACAAAGAUUUAGCUUCAAGAAAAAAUUUAAACACAUACAUGAUUCUCCACACACAUUGUUACUACAGAUGCUUAAAAAUCUAGAAAAUGCUUGAAUUUUAUUAACAUGUUUUCAAGGUAUGUAAAGUGCUUAAUUUCUUUAUUAAAUCCUUGAAAAUGCUUGAAAAACAAAUUUCACAGUUUUGUCUUUAAAAUCAACCAAGAUAAUUUGAUGAAGUAGCUGUUAUUUUUGUUAACAUCAAAAAGCUGAGCAGGACCAUUUAACAUGGUUGCUGCUGCUCUUAGUGGGUCCACUCCUUUCUGUAACACUGGCGUGUGAGCAGCAGACUCCCAAUACUAUUGAGACUAGCCGCUGGACCAGCAGUGUCUUAUGGCUUUACUUUGAAGCAGACCUACUUGGGCAUGAAACUUUUAACCCUUACCCAACAUUAAAGCAUUUUUUUGUGCUGACACUUGUAUUUUUGUGAAUAACUUUGGCUAUGUUAAUGCGUUUUAUCUAAUUUUUGGUGAGGAUGUGCAUUUUUGAAGGAAUUUCUAAAACUAGUUAGAAAAAAAAUCUUCAACUCCCUUUAUUAUAAAGCAGAAAUUUUUUGUAGCGUUAAGCAUUUAUUUAUUAAGCAUAAAUAUUAGCAUAAUUUAAAAUAUAUAUAUUAUUCUGUCUGUGGUCCCAGACCAGUCACACAUUCAAUGUUUACUUUUUACCGUUUUCCACUAGAUGGCGUAUUUUCUCCAUAUAUAGCAGGGCAAUGACUGACACUGCAUUUAAAUUAAAUGAUUCUGCUGUAUUUCUUUACCUCUGACUGUCCAUUAUAAUACAUAUUUUGAAAAAAAAAGGUUUGUGUGUUAUUUAGAGAUUCCUUUCAAUAGUUUGCAUGUGUGUGAUCUGAAUUUUUGAUAAUUGUGUUUUUACAGUGUGCCUUAAAAAAUAAUUCUUUACUGAAAGUAGAAAAUCUGCUCAUUCUCAAAAUGGCAUUUUGACAUGUGCCACUCUGUGUGUGCUUGUGCAGGCAUGCAUGCAUGCAGGGAUCAAAGCACUUUACAAAUCUUCAAAAGACAGAUCUUUGAUCAUUAUUUGGAGUGGCUGUGCAGGUGUGGGCAAGGGCAGUGUGUGUGUGUGUGUGUGUGUGUGUGGGGGGGGGUGUUCUCAUGCACACUGUUGAAAUCAUGAAUAUUCAUCAAAGGCAUGCUAUAUAUAAAAAACAAAGGAUUUUCUGCAAAAUUUCAGAUACUCACAAUUUUACUUUUGUAAAUUGUUAUUUCAACAAGCACAAAGCAUUUGCAUGGAUGAAAAUUAAGAUGAAGGCUGAAAAACUUCAAAGGCGUACAUUUGUUUUGCAAAAUAAAUUCCUGCAGAGACAAACUAGAGGGAGAAACAAUAGGCCAAAGCAGAGAGAUUGAGGAGGAGCAGCAGUGGGGGAGCAGCAGGUGUCUGGUGAGUUAACCAUGUUAGCAUUAUCUCGUGUGCUAACAUCACAAUAUUGUACAGAUUACUAUCGUGUACAGGGGCGGAUUUAGGACUGAAGAAGAUCCGGGGCAGAGAGUCGCCUAAGGUGUUGGAUGAUGAUAUAAGGGAGGGGGAGUGAGCGUGGGGUGAGCCUCCCUGUGGGGUAAGGGUGUGUUCACAAGGGUGUGUGUUGGUAGGGGGGUUGUAUUGGCGGUGGUUGGAUGGUGUACAGGGUGGGGGGGUUCGUGCGCUUGUUGUGUGUGGUGGGUUGUGCAGACUCGGCAGUGGGGGUGGUUGUUGUGGCAGCAAUACGCCUUUUAGGUGUCCAGCUUGCCUAAUUCAUUGAAGAAGAGAUCCUUAAGGUUGUUUUUCCUGGAGUUAAGGUGAGGGAUGCGGCCGACAGCAACCCGGAAUAAAGAUCCGAAACAGAACAAGUUGGAGUCCUUACAAUAUCUUUAAAAAAAUGUAUUCUAUAGGUGUAGUGGCUUUUAUUUUGCCGUGGUGGUGCGACACAAUUAGUUUAGACAUUUAUUUUGACAUCUAGCAGGAAAAAUUACGUACCGUAAAUCCUCUAAUACAGGCCCGGGCCUGUAUUUGACUCAAGCUCAUCAAGCUCCAGGCCUUUAUUGGAAGGAGGGCCAGAAUUAGAGGCAGGCCUCUAUUUCUAUUUGAGCAAAAUGAACUAAUGGGUCGCUGGAGUUUUGACAAUUAAAAUUGCGCCCACAUUUUCAAAGUUAAACACUUUUUUUUUUUACAACGGUAGUUUCUGCUUCAGCCCUCUCUCCCCUCCCCCUGCCCAGCGGCCGCAAACUCACUGAUGCGCCUGCAGCCUCUCGGAGUUCCUGCUGCUCUAAACAUUAAAAUAAUGAUUUCAUUUUCUGUUCCUCACUUCUGAUUACCUUCAAUGGUGUCUGUUUGUUGCAACCACCAGGUACAAAAACUAACUUGUUUUUAUUUGACUUUUUCUGUCCUGUCUGUUUAUUAUCUUCCUGCAUCUCCUCUCAGUCCUAAAGAAAAACUGCUACCUGGGUUCAUAUAUGUUCACCUUAUGAGUUACCUUUGAACUGCAGUUCUAAAAGAUCUACCGACCGCAAAACAGCGGAGUGCUCGCUGCUUGGUGGCCGCAUCAGUGAUCGGUGCGUCACCGGAUGACAAGGUGAUGUGCCCCGCUCCACAGCGAAACGCAUCAGGCGCAAAUAAAAGACAGAAAACAUUACAGGAAAUGAACUGACAUGAACGAUCGCAUGUUAAAUUAGUUUUUGAGGUGGCGACACCUGAUUUGAUAAUGUUACUGUGGCCGUGCUCAGGACGCAGAUCUACCGACCGCAAAAACAGCGGAGUGCUCCCUGCUUGGCGGCCGCAUCAGUGAUCUGUGCGUCACCGGAGGACAAGGUGAUGCGCCCCGCUCCACAGCAGCGAAACACAUCAGGCGCAAAUAAAAGACAGAAAACAUUAAAGGAAAUGAACCGACAUGAACGAUCGCGUGUCAGUACCGACUCUCUGGCACAGUGCGUUUCCCCCCCCGAGCGCAGGAGCUUGUCACCUGCUGACAGCAGGCUGCUGUCUUUUCCGAGGGCUGCAUCUUCCCGGUCAUUAUCACGUGACAGCGACUAGUCGAUGACGGGCAUAAAAAGUCACUGUAGUGUAGUCGACUAGUUCAUACAACCCCUAUUGCUCCCAAGUUUUCUGCAGAGCACGUUCUCUUUGAACUUGAUAUCAAAUUUUCGCCUCCUCUUUAUCUCUGCACGGUUAAAGUUACCCUUGCAGUCUAUCACUGGCAAAUCAAAAGUGAGACGAUGACACAACUGCCCCCCGUACUUGCUUGUUACCACAUUCCACCCGGCCACGUAAAGAGACCGGCCAUUAUUCACCUCCGCCGACUCCGACACCGGCCAAAAUAUGAGACCCGGCCGUUAAUUGAAUACAGGCCUGUAUUAGAGGAUUUACGGUAUGUUGAUGCCCAUUCUGACUGGUUGGUGAGAAGCUGCAGUAACCCCCAUUAAGGCGUUUUUGUAGCCCAAGCAGAAACGCCCCACGACUGGCUGGACCCUUCUCUUCCAACUCGCAGCUGUGUGGAAAACUCGGAUCUCGACGGGGGACUCAUAUCGAUGUAACACCUGUUUUCUGCAAAGGCUAACAGGAAACAACUACACAAUCCACCUCUACCUAGCCCUUAUCUCACCUAUACUAGAUCCCUUUUGCACAGAAUGGAUGGCUUGGAAUUACAACUUGCUGGAACUUGCUAUGUUAGUGAAGAAUGCAUGGUUUGAUAUUCAACAUAAACCGUGCGUCCCCUGGUAAUACCCGAUGCUAGCAUGUAGCUAGCAGGCCGCACGCUGCUCCGUGGGUGCAAAGACGAAGGACUCCGGUAAGAGCAGCGGAUGGGGGCUUUGAGUUUGUGGUGCAACAACGAGACAAUUUUCCCCUGACCCUGCGUGCAUCAUGUCUACAAGACCUUUCUCUUGCUAGAGGGCAAACUGUGAUUGUCAUACGGGGCCGGUGCUAGCCAUUUGGGUGCCCUAAGCACUAAUGCUCUGUGGUUCACCCUCCACAUUUUUUGCCUCAACAACAACACCACACAAUUAAAUAAAUAAUUAUAAUUGGUUUUAAUAUUAAUGCCACUACCAUUAUUAUAAAAAGAUUAAUGAAAUGAUUGUAGAUGAACUGAAUAUUAAAAACAGUAAAAUGUAAUAAAUAGGUUUGGCUUAUUGAAGUGUUAUUGCUGUUACUCAUCCUUCAAAGUACGUAGACUUUUUGUGCACUUUUAUACAUUUUGUUAUUUCUGCACAUUCACCUUGCUUUACAGAGUGAAUUGACCCUUGUUCAAAACAAGUUUUUCUUUCUUGAGGAAGGUUUAUUAGGAGGAACUUGUUAAAAUAAAAAAAAUAAUCUAACUCUCCAGAACUUCUUUACAUUAAGUUCUAUAUUUUAGAUUAAGAAAAUAUGUUCAGACUAAAUUAUGUAACGGAACUGAAGUGAUGUAACUAUCUAGAGUUGUAUUUUAAUAUACUGUAAGUAGAUCACUUGUAAUAAUCAGAAGAUAGGCUGUUUUUAUCAUCAGGGAGUUUAAUUAAACACUCUGUAUUGACCUUGAGACAAGAAAAGAGAGAGUUGGGAUCGUUUAAGAAUUUUAUUACAAAUUCUACAAUCUAUCAGGACUAACUCUGUGUUGUUUGGAAAUGAAUGUGAUGUUCGAUGUGUGUGUGUGUGUGUGUGGUUGGUUCAGACUCCCUAGGCUGACGUCAUUGAAUCUGGUCGUCUUUGUUAUGACUAGUGUUCUAAAAUAAAAUGUUUUAUUUUAUUUUAAUUACCUUAAAAGACUCAAAGUCUCUUUUUACACUUUAUAUUUAUUUAAUCAGGAUCGUUGUCAAGUCGACGCCAGAAACAAUGAAACACGACUUGAAUAUCAGAUGAACAACAAGGCUUUAUUCAACCGGCAUUCAUACAAGUUAUCAAUCAUGAACGAAACAUUUCUCUUACCGUUGCUUAUGGGUGGAGAGCUGAACACCCCAGUUAGAAAAUGUAAUCCAUGAACCUCGUCAGGUAGAAUCCAACAAGCAGCUCUAACAGCUCUGAGCUCUGCUCUGCUCCUUAUACAUUCCCUGAUGUGCGUGCAAAGCUGCACACCUCCACCAGGAUUACCUUGAUUACAUCCUCAUGAUCACAUUAUGUUCGGCUCUACCAUGAUUAUCCUCAUGAUAAGUGUGAUUGACAAACAGUAGUGAUCAAUAACUUGUAUAAAGCAAUUAUACAACAGAUGACAAGUUCAUUUUUAUUACAUUCCACUCUUGAACUUUUCAUCUAAUUUAUGUAACAUCAUGGAUCCAUCACCAUUUCCCCAUGAUAGUCUGAGUCUAUUACCCCAGCUAAAAUGGUUAGACCCCUCAAAGCUAAACCACUUCUUGGACACACAUGAGCAUAAGUUCCUGGUGGACAUUGAAUUCCCAAUCCUGUUUUUACCACUGUCACUUUAUUGGUUACUAAAGUGAUGCUUUCCAAGAUUUUAAGAUCUAAUCCCACAGAGCCCGCAGUUGCUCUAACAGGGAGUUCUGCCUCAGAAGUUAGUUUCCACAUUCGUAUAGGAGGGUCAGUAGAAGUUGUUUCCCUUCCUGCCCUGGCAACCAUUAGCAUCAGUGGAGUAACUCCAUCCCCCACGGGUCUGUUAUUUAACUGAUGUACUGCCCUAGUCAGAUUUUCUCUCCAUUUGUCCAAAGAAUUAGUAACCGAUAGUUUCCUUAGUUUCUCUUUCAGUAACCCAUUCAUUCUCUCAAUGAGUCCACUAGCUUUCGGGUGAUAUGCUACAUGAUAGAUCCAUUCUACCGCGUUGUUCUCUGCCCAUUCUUUGAUCUUAUUUCCAGUGAAAUGGGUACCAUUAUCAGUCUGAACCUGUAAAGGUAGUCCAUAAUAGGUCUCUAUUAAUGACAGACAUUUCAAUGUAGCCUCCUGAUUGGCGUUAUGACACGGAUGCACCACCAGUACCCCUGACACCGUAUCCACGGCUGUGCAUGCAUACUUACAGUUUUUACUUUUUGGCAAUGGUCCAAUGAAAUCAAUCCGCCAACACUGUCCCGCUUGUUUACCUCGAUGUAUCUGUCCCUGUAUAUGUCGAGGGAUUCUCUUUUUCUGAUGUUGACAAGGUUCACAAUCUUCUAUGGCAGUUUUAAUAUCAUCAAUGAUGAGAUCUAUUCCUCUGUCCCUCGCCCAUUUCAAUGUUCCCUGCACACCCCAAUGUCCAGCAGUAACGUGAGCCCAUUUGGCUAAUCCAGGACUUGAUUGUCUUACAGCCUGAAUUUUCACUAUCUUAUCUACAGUCUGAUUAUGCAGGGAUUCAGGAUCAUUGUUAUUAGUAUGAGCAUCCACAUGUAAUACUGACACAGGAAUAUUUUGGCAUUUCUCCCAAAUGUCCUUCCAUAGGUCAGCUCCCCAAACCUCUUUUGAAUGUAUCUUCCAUUGUGUAGCAUGCCAAGUUGGCAUCCAAGUUAACAUUCCUUGGGCUACUGACCAGGAGUCAGUAUAAAUACUUACUCCCUGCACCCCAGCCGCCAUUAUUACCAUGUGUACUGCUUUCAACUCCGCCCAUUGACUACUCUUUUCUGUCCCUGUGAGUUCCAUAACUUGUUGUGUACCAGGGUUAAAUGCCCCAGCCUUCCAUUUCCUGGUUCCUGCCACAUAUUGACAGGAACCAUCAGUGAACCAGGCUCGCUCCUGCUGCUCUGGGGUGAGUUCGCUCCAUCUUACCCCCAGUUUCACAGGAGAAUCCUGGAUUGGUUUUACCUCAAAAGGCACUUCAUCCAUUUCUGGAACGUCUGCCACUUGCUCGUGGAGCAUUGAUACUCCUUUUUCUACAAUGUUUCCCUUUAUUUUAUCAGGAUUGCCAUGAAUUACCGAGGCCUCCGCCCCAGUGUCAACCAAUGCCAUUACUGUCUGUACUGAUUUUUUCCAAUAAAUCUGUAAUUCCACAUGUGGUCUGAUAUCAUUUAUUGACCAUCCUGAGGCACUGGCAACAACCUGAGCUUGACCUUCAUCCUAUUCAUCAUCAUGUUCCCUUCGGUGCUGUUUUUUCUUUCUACGCUUCACUGCCGCCACCUGAUAACACUCAUCUGAACUCUCCUCCUCUGAAGAUUCCUUGGGAGGGGCGGAAGGUUCAGCAGGCUUCGACGCCACCUCCCUGAUCACAUUCUGCAACAUUCCAACCAAUUCUGACACAGACAUCCUGUCGUCCUUUUCAGGACAAUGUCUGAACUGACAAUGGACCUUCAGUCCCAUUUGUCUGCAUUUCUCCAUCAAUGCAUUAGUGGACAAUCCAUCAAUCUCCUCAAACGGCACUCCCGCUUGUCGCAGUGCCCUCCACAGAUCUGUUCUAGAGGGGCCCAUUGACAGAUCUGUUCUAGAGGGGCCCAUUGCCCCCCCUUUACGACCCCUUGAAUGUGGAUCAAUCCUGGGUUUAUUUUCAGUUCUAGCUCCCUCUCUCCUCGUCUCAGACCAAUCACCCAGCGUGGUGAGUUCGCCAAGACGAUCUUUUAUCGCGGCAAAAGUCUGGUCUGCCGCGCCAAACAACAAGCUGGUCACCAUGGGUUUAUAAUGUGGUGGGGCAUGUCUGAUGAGGUGAUCUCUAGUUGCCUUAGAGAUGUUACAGUCCACCACUCCAGCUCCCCCGUUUCGAGCCACUUGCUCUCUAAUAGUGAGUCUGGUGAGCCGCUGAAUGGCAUCUCUCACUGUCUGCCAUUGCCCUUUAAUCUCAGACCAGUCCGCCGUGGUAGGAUAGAUUACAUGACAUGCCAGAGCAUAUGCAUCCCCCACAUUGAAAUCUUCAUCAGCUGGCAAUGCCCGGACUGUAGCCCGGUAUUCAGCAUUUAUCUGUGCAUCAGUACUUAAUCCUGAAAAUCUCAUGGCAUCACCGGCAUCUAUGGCUAUAUCACACGCGCCAUCCUCCAUAAGGCGAUUAAGCCAGGAGUCAGUUGGUUCGCCUGGGCGCUGUUUCAGCUUCCCAUUCAUGUGAUUUAACUCAUCUUGUGAAUAAUCCUCUAGCGUUGUUAGCAGCCUAGGGGCGGGUUGUGGCUGCUGUUGUAACAUCCUUCUUAUAUUACCCGCCUCAUCGAGUUCCGGCCGUCCCUGAUCAUCCACCAUAUCUACCAGUAUUGGUGGAAUAAUUUGCUGUUCUCGCCGACGCCUAGUAAUAGGUCUUUGUUCUGACAUCUUUAUCCCCUGUAAUGAUGGAUACAAGGGCUGAGGUGGUGGGUCAGGUUUAAUCGCCCACUCCUCCUCCUCAUCAUCCCCCCAAAGAUCCCCGUUCCAUUUCUCUGGGUUCCAAUCUUCACCAACAUUCUUUACAAACGCCCGGAUCUGAGCAGGACCUGCUCUACGAGGUCGCUUCUUUUCCUUCCUUUGCGCUCGAGACACAAAAGUCAGCGUUUUAUCCAAAACAUUCUGAGCAUGCUUUAGCUCUUUCCCCAUCACACACACUCUCUGCUCAAACUCUGAGCAUGAUUUUCCAACUUCUUCAGCAUGGAUUUUCUCCUGCGCCGCUCGCUCUCUACAACUGCUCAAUUCUAACUCCUGUUUUUUCCAUGCUUCUGCAAAAAGCCACAUCAUAUCUCUCACUCCUGCCAGCGGCGCUUUUUCUUUUAACUUCUAUCCGCGUCAAACGGUCCAGCACCACGGCGGGGCUGACCACUCCAUUUAACUCUCCCCACGGCCCAGGGCGUCCACCGCGCUGCCUUAACAUAUCACCAAUGGUUCGGAACUCCUCCGUUUCCCAGCCGGGAAUCGGCACGGGAAUCGGCGUUCCCUCCCCAGAAGCACUCGGCUCCUUUUUGCUUCUCCAAAAACACUUCAUUGUUGCUGGAAUAGCUUGACUGAUCCUGUUCGUGACGCCAAAAAUGUUCUAAAAUAAAAUGUUUUAUUUUAUUUUAAUUACCUUAAAAGACUCAAAGUCUCUUUUUACACUUUAUAUUUAUUUAAUCAGGAUCGUUGUCAAGUCGACGCCAGAAACAAUGAAACACAACUUGAAUAUCAGAUGAACAACAAGGCUUUAUUCAACCGGCAUUCAUACAAGUUAUCAAUCAUGAACGAAACAUUUCUCUUACCGUUGCUUAUGGGUGGAGAGCUGAACACCCCAGUUAGAAAAUGUAAUCCAUGAACCUCGUCAGGUAGAAUCCAACAAGCAGCUCUAACAGCUCUGAGCUCUGCUCUGCUCCUUAUACAUUCCCUGAUGUGCGUGCAAAGCUGCACACCUCCACCAGGAUUACCUUGAUUACAUCCUCAUGAUCACAUUAUGUUCGGCUCUACCAUGAUUAUCCUCAUGAUAAGUGUGAUUGACAAACAGUAGUGAUCAAUAACUUGUAUAAAGCAAUUAUACAACAGAUGACAAGUUCAUUUUUAUUACAACUAGAUAUCACGAGGCUUAUAAAGUGAUGACAUGAGCUGCUAUUUUGCCGUGUACGUACCCAGUGGGGGGCCUCCCAGGUAGAUCAGGAAAUGCCAGGUCCAAGAACCUCAGAUGUGUACUGGAGCUGUUGGAGCAGCGGUCGCAGCACGUCAAAGCCCGUCUGAAGGGUCGACCCCGGUACUAAUCGGCAGCGUCAACAGGUGCUCUUAUUUUGAAAGGAUGUCGUCUGGUUGUUAAACGACGAAAAUCUCCAACUUCACAGUUCUCAGUUUAAAGAAGAAAACACAUCUGGCCAGGCUGUGCUUUUCUUUAGGAUGACGGUGAAUAGAACUGAAGUCAAAAUGGAACUGAGCUUAAAAUGGCGUUGCCUUGUUUUAUAUCUCUGAAUUGUUUUAAGUUUCAGUAAACGGGAUUGGACACUUUAAGUCAACACCAGAUUCUCUUGCGGCAGCCGAAGGCUUUGAUUGGUUGGAACAAUGUGUCAUGCGUUUCUAUGGAGAUGAGGAUCAGUCUGUCUGUGCAAUAGUCCUGUUUUCAUUAAACAUAAAUCAUGACCUAUUUAUUUCACAGAUCAUUCACUUGAUUAUUAUCGAUCAACAUAUGCUUUGCUUAAUUUUCUUAAUCACAAAUAAAGUACUUUGAUUAAGUAAAAGCGUUCUUCUUCUCCUUCGGACUCUUCUCCUGGAAUGUAAACAGUCUGAGGAACACCCGACCUUGGCUUUUAUACACGGGUGUUACUGUGUACAGGGGCAGCUGUGUGGAGCUGAAAAUUCCGAACUUCAUAACCUUACAAUUAUUUUGAUUGCCAGGUUUGAUAUCUGUAUGUCUAUCAACAGUUAAAGCGGACAUAUCAUACAAAUCAAAUUUUUGGAGCUUUUUGGCAUGUAAUAUUGUUUCCACAUGAAAAAUACCCCCAAACCCAUUGUUUGUUUCAUUCAUGCAUGUUUUUGUUUCAGCUGCAAAUUUAGAAUUUUAUUUUGAAAUUCCUGAAAUGGCCUAAUUAGGGAUAGGUACCAAUUUCAAUACCCUUUAAGGCACUGACCGAAUUCCAUAUGUUUAUAUUUAUGUUUAUUUAUUUUUGGCAGACGCCUUUGUCCAAAGCGAUUUACAAUUUAUAACCUAUAGGGCAUACUGUGAUCUGUGGGAGAAACCGGAGUAUAAACUUUUACUUACUUACUUACCCGGAGGAAACCCACGCAUGCAUGGGGAGAACAUGCAACUCCACGCAGAAAGGCCGCAGCGAAGUUUCGAACCUGCAACCUUCGUGCUGCCAGGCAACAGUGCUAACAACUGCGCCACCAUGCAGCCCAUAGAACCGACUGAGUACCGAUUCACGUCAUAUGAAACGGUGUCUUGUUUCGGCCAUCCUUUUGAAAAUACCGUGCUCUAUUCUGGGAAAUUUUUGACCAAGGCCAUGCUUAAAGGCUCCUCCCAUGUAUCCUUGCUCAGCUAGCUAAACGGCUAACAAACUGAGAACAGACGACUCGAUAGAACACGAACAUUGGAACUCGCCUUGGCUGUUCCUGAUAACGUAUCUCCUAAGCAACCGGGGCGGGACCAAGACAUCAAGGCAACGUUCCUUGACAUUGAAAAACACCUGGAGUCAUUACGAUAUGAUUGCUGAUACAAGUCAAUAUUCUUAGAUUCCUGCCAAGUUUGCCCUAAUAACUCCACGGUGCAUGACCCACAUGACUGUAAUCUUCAGUAGAUGCAAUUGCAUCAUGAGUUUAGCUUGAUAGACUUUUUUUUCCUCUGAACAAGAAAAAAAAUACUGGAAAUAAUGUGAAAGAUGUAUGAAAAUAUUGUGAAAGAUAGGUGGAAUUAAAAUUAUUUUACAUUAAUUAUAGAUUUAUAAUUAAAAGUGUCUGUGGGAGCUUUGAGACAUCUCUAGCUUUCAACUGAGAGAUACUUUAAGACAGGCUCAAGGUCCAGUUUACAUUAAAAAUAGUUACAAAUACAGUAUAAAAUGAACCAUGUAAAACCAUAUAAACCUACAUGUGUGUUAACAGACAGCUGUACCAGUGUUUCUAAAGCUCAGACUGAGAGAAUAGGCACUAAGGGUAUUGUUUGACAAGAAUCAAUAUGUCAUUUAUCUGCUGAUGAAUAAAUGUAUAAAAUUUCUCAAGACAGCUUGAAGGGAGUUAACUUUUAAAUGUUUUACAGGACAAUAAAUAUUGAGUUAUAUAUCGUACAUUGGAGUUCAGCUAAAAUAUAUUGAGAUAUAAGUUUUGGUCCAUAUCUUCCAGCCCUAGUUGUACAUCACUCCAUCUUCCUGCUCCCAACAUCAAGCCCUGCUCCUCCCCUAAAAGCUAGUCUCUGGUCUGAAACCUGUCUCCCCUGGACAGCUCAGAACAUGUGGGAUAGGUAACAAGUAUCAUGUAACAGAAUUGGUAGUCUUGUGGAUAGAGUACUGGGCUGGCAUGUAGCUUUGCGCAGGUUCACAUUCUGGUCUCAGCAGUAACAUUUUUCUUUUCUUUAUUUCUCUUUUUUUAUUUUUUUGCUGCACUUGAUGUUUUCAAAUUCUGUAUUUGUAAACAGUUUGUUUAUUUAGCCAGUGUGAGUCCAUGUGAAGUGAGCAGUCAAUUUUAAAAAAUGCUGCUUGGAAAUGACCUCCCUGGUCUGCCACCUUACCAUGGUGGAGGAGUUUGAGUGUCCCAAUGAUCCUAGAGGCUAAGUUGUCUGAAGCUUGUUUUAUGCUUGACGCAUUACUUUCCGCUUGGUGAUGCGGCUCGCGGAUGGAACGCGCUUCACAAUUUGCAGCGUUUAUGGUUCAUGCGGCUUGUUUCUGCGGUGAGCCAAUAUUCUCCCAAACUGUAGGGGGCAGCAUGGAGCUCUACAGCAUGCAUCCAACACCACACCAUAGUAGAAGUAAAAAUUACUGUUGUUUACAACAUGGCAUUCCAGCAUUUUUUAACAGCGUCCUCGUCUUUUCCGACAGUGCGAGCUAUUUCUCUCCAAGAAUUAUUAACUACAUGUUGAUCACGGUGAUCAAUCAAUCAAUCAAUCAAAGCUUUAUUUAUAAAGCGCCUUCCGCAACCCUGUCAGGAAGCCCAAAGCGCUGAACAUUGUACAGUUGUAUGUAAAUAUAUUGAAUAAAUCAACAAUAAAAGAAAUUCAAAUUACAAAAUACAAAUUACAAAAUACAAAAUGGAAAUUACAAGAUAGAUGAAACAUUCUGGGAUCUCUGAGAUCCCAGAGAGAACUGUGAUCUCUGAGAGUUGAAUCAUACAAAUGUCUGUAUUUACGAACCUCUGCCAUACUAGUUCUUGCCAGUCCGCCAUGUUUUUCCGCGUCCGACCGUCUGCGUGGUUAGAAAAUUUCCUAGGUGCGCGGUGCGGAAAUUUUGGGCCGUGCGGAGAAACGUGGUUGUUAAAAUGACGCAAUUUUGCCGCGCAGAGCCAUGCGAACCUCGCAGAUGCGUCAAGCAUAAAUCAACCUUGAGGGAAUGUGUGAUGGGUGGUAGCCGAAGGCAUGAACCUUGGCAGUCUGAUCUUCAGCUACAGAAGCUGGAUCUGGGUAUGUGGAAUGUCACCCCUCUGGUGGGGAAGGAGCCUGAGUUGGUGUGCGAGGUUCCGACUAUAUAUAGUCAGACUCACCUUGAUGCAUGGCUCUGGCUCUGGAACCAGUUUCCUUGAGACACUCUUGAGACACUCCACCACUCACAAACUGGAGUUGCCCCCACUGAGAGGCGCCGUUACGUUGGGGUUUACCCCGGUAAAAGAGAGAGUAGCCUCCCUCAGGGAGGCAUUGGGUCCCAUUUUUUCAAAGCCAACCAGGAUUUGAACCUCGAUCCCCCAGUCCCAGGGUAGACAAUCUACCUCUAGCUGGAUCCACUAAACUGCCCAAAUAAUGAUUACAAAUGUCUACUACAUCAUUAAGCCCUUUUUACAAGACACACUAUGCUGGCAAAUCAGCGUAAUAUUACUGCAACAGUGUCCUACAAACGCGGCAUGGUGAUGCACAAAUUUUGCGGCAUUCUAUCUGCCGCGCUUGGUACUAAUAUUGCUGUAAUAGUCUGUCUCAUAAAGGGCCAUUGCACCUUUACGCUACAGAGGAAGGUGUCAUAAUCACGUGGCGAGUUGCUGCCGAGCAGAACGUCGACCCAGAGAUAAGGUUUGCUUUUGUAAUCAGAAUCAGCUGAGAUGACAAACUGGAGCAAUGCAACACUCUAGGAGCUUCUCUCCAUUAGAGCUGGAUGUCAGAUCAUCAGAAACUGCACAGGAAUAUUUAGGACAGACACCUUUAAGAGCAGCUUGUCAAAAUAACUUAAUGAGCGCAGCUUCGAUCGCAAUAAAAUGCAAGUUAUGUCCAAGAUAAACGAAAGUCCGCAGCAGUGCAGGGAUCGCCCCCAAACUUCCUUUACACCGCUGUUGCCUAAUAUUUUGUAAAAAGGACAUGAUUGCGCCACAUUUACACCAUGGUCUGACCACUUAAAAACAACCUAAGGCUCCCUGAUGCUUCCACGGGGUUGCAGCAAAUUGACAGCAUUGUUUUUGUAAAAACAACUAUAGUGCCUCCAGCAUGUCCUGGGUUUUUCCUUGGGUUUCUUCCCGGUUGGACAUGCCCAGAAAACCUACUUGGUUGAGCAAACACACACGCACCCUCUAGGACACCCCUUAAGGGUAUAGAGCUGAUCCAGUGUUCCACGGCCAGGACAAAACCACAUUGCUCCUCCUGGAUCCGAGGUUCGACAAUCUGACAUACCCUCUUCUUCAGAACUCUUGAGUAGCCCUUACCAUGGAGGCUCAGGAGUGUGAUCUUCCUGUAGUUGGAACACACCCUGCAGUCCCCCUUUUUGAAUAUGGAGACCACCACCCAGGUCUGCCUGUUCAGGGCAACUGCCCCUGAUGUCCAUGCGAUAUUGCAGAGCCACGUCAACCAACACAGCCCCACAACAUCCCGAGCCUUGAGGAACUCUGCGGAUCUCAUCUCCACCAAACUUUCACAAUACUUUUGGGCCCGCCAGGUUUGACUGGCAUUCACCCCCACCAUCGAAGCCAAUUCACCAGCAGCUAGUGGUCAUUUCAAUGCUCUGCCCCUCUCUUCACCCAAGUGUCCAAGACAUGCGGCCACAGAUCAGAUGAAAUAACAAAGUCGAUCAUCGAGCUGCGGCCUAAGGUGUCCUGGUGCAGAUUUACCGGUCGAUCAGAGAAGAGCUGAACACGGCAGGAUUUGGAGUCAUAUGUCCUGAUAUUUGGACAUUUUGCCACGGAUUGGAUAACAGCACUGACACUUGUUUGCUCUGCGGCGUGGAUGUUUUAUCUCCACAAAAAACUCAAAGCUUGAAGGAGUUCUGCCAUGUGGUAGAGUUGCUAAUGCUAAGGGUUAUCCUCUGCUAAUCGAGACAUUCUCUGCCAUUCCCUGGACCCUAAACCAACAACAAACAUUCUCUCAAUUACAUGCACUGUUCUGAUCUCACCAACUCAAAGCAUUUGUUACGUCCCUGACAGGUGUUGUAAAAAUGUGAAGGAUGGGGGUAACAUAAGAACUGGCGGAGGAGUUUAAAAUGGGUUUAUUUGUAACUAAAAGGUAUUAAAAACACAAGCAAACAGAUCUCUCUAAAAGGUUAACAUUACACAGCAAAUUAUCAACUAUAAAACACCUGGUUAAAACUUUUAUUAAAAGCUUAACCGAACAGAAGGUGUUUUAAAAUCCCAAAGUUGAUAACUGUUCCCAAAACUAUACACUGACUAAAACACCUAGUAAAACGUAUUUUAAAAAGCUUUACCACACGAAGGUGUUUAAAAACCGAGGUCAGUAAAAUUGCACAAAGUUAACCUUAAAACCAAACAGCCAAAAAGAUCCCACUGGAUCAUCCAAAACUUAUCACUUAGAGUUAAAAACCACCACAGUUUAAAACUCAAACAAAUCUAAAUGAAAGGGGUUGAAAACAAACAAAAACCGGGAGGACAGCAGAACCCCUGCACUGCUGCCUCCCAGACUGCUGAAGGCACAGCCUUUUUAUACAGGUGUUUGCUCAUCAGGAAGAUUUAGCUCAGCUGUGCUCCUCAGCAGCCCGGGAGAGAGGAGGAGGGGCGGUGUCAGGCUCAUUCACUAGAGCUGGAUGAUCCUGGCUCCUGCUCUUCACUGGCCAGACUGGCAACCGUAACACAUUAAUACAACGGUUAUGUGUGUGAGUAUAAAGUUACAGCAGUUGGUAAUUCAUGAGUUUCUUUCUUUCCUACAGAAGUAAUUCAAGUGGUGAUGGUUAAAGAAGAAGCUCCUGAACAUCAGAGUCCUGGUAUGGACCAGCAGGACCCAGAACACCUCCAAAUAAAGGAGGAACAGGAGGAACUCUGUAUCAGUCUGGAGGGAGAGCAGCUCCAUUUGAAGGAGGAGACUGAUGCCAGGUUUUCAUUCACUGCAGCUUCUAUAAAGAGUGAGGAUGAUGAAGAGAAGCCUCUGUUCUCACAGAUUCAUCAGCAGCAAAUAGAAGACAGAGAUGUUUCAACCAGCAGCUCUGCUGACCAGAUGAAAGCAGAAACUGGCAGGAACCCAGGUCUGAAUCCUCAUGAACCUGAUUCUUCAGAAACUGAAGUUAGUGGAGAUGAAGAAGAGGAUGAUGAUGUGAAUCUAGACUCUGAACUGUCAAAGCCAGAGACUGGAGAUGGAGACAACGACAGAAAUAAGAACAGGUCUGCGGAGUCAGAUGUUAAAACUGCAAACAAAUCCUUUAGCUGCCAUGAGUGUGGUAAACGAUAUUUGCACAAGCGGUCUCUCCAGAGACACGUGAAAGUGACGAGUCAUUCAGCAAUAAUGUCUUCAGGCUGUUUGAGUAAUAAGAAAUGUGUUGGAGUGAAGCAACAUGUAGACUCGUGCAGGGAAGUCCAGACAGAACAAAAAUCAUUUAGUUGUGAUGACCAUGGAAAAAGAUUUACCAGAAUAUCAAAUUUAAACACAAACACGAGAGUUCACUCAGGAGUGAAGCCUUUUGCUUGUGAGCACUGUAGGCAAAGAUUUAGCCAAAAGGUUCAUUUAAACAGUCACAUGAAUGUCCACACCGGAGUGAAGCCUUUUCCUUGCAAGCUCUGUGGAAAAAGAUUUAGAAAAAAGGGUAAGUUAAACAUUCACAUGAGUGUCCACACAGGAGUGAAGCCAUUUUCUUGUGAUUUAUGUGGACAAAGAUUUACUGAAAAGUCAAAAUUAAAAAAACAUAUCAGGAUCCAUACAAGAGAGAAGCCUUUUGUCUGCGAGCACUGUGGACAAAGAUUUAUAAAAAUGGCUAAUUUAAACAGUCACAUGAGAGUCCACACAGGAGUGAAGCCUUAUGCCUGUGAGCUCUGUGGACAAAGUUAUCGCCACAAGAAAAGUUUAAACUUGCACAUGAGUGUCCACUUAGGUGUGGACUCAGAUGUGCAAGAUAAGCCUUUUAUUUGUGAACACUGUGGACAAAGAUUUAGCUUCAAGAAAAAUUUAAACACACACAUGAGUCUCCACACACAGGGUUCGUACGGAUGCUUGAAAUCCUUGAAAAUGCUUGAAUUUUAAUAAGGUGUUUUCAAGGUAUGGCAAAUGCUUAAUUUCUGUAUAAUUCCUUGAAAAUACUUGAAAAACAAAUUGCACAGUUUUGUAUUUAAAAUCAACCAAGGAAGUUUGUUAAAACCCUGUUAUUUUUGUUACCGUCAAAAACUAGAGAGCGAUCAUUUAACCUUUAAUUAACAUGGUUGCUGCUGCUCUGAGUGGGUCAGCUCCUUUCUAUAACUCUGGCGUGUUAGUAGCAGACUCCACCUACUAUAGAGACGAGCCGCUGGACCAGCGGUAAGAAAUAUCUUUGUACAGAAUUUUGGUGCUUUCCCAAUCAGAAGUGCCUGUUAUGAGCAGCAAAGCCCAGCUCCUCCCACUGCUGCAGACGUAGGCUGCUCUUUCUCUCGCAAACUUAGUCUACAAAACAUCUCUGGGUUUGUGGAGUUGGACUAAUAAUAACACAAAAAAAAAGUUUUGGCUGCAUCUUGUGAAUAUAAACCUCAACAGAGGUAAAUAUAUAUACUUGGACAAAAUAGUUGGUACCCUUUGGCCAAUGAAAGAAGAGCCCACAAUGGUCACAGAACUAACUCGAGUCUGAAACUAAUGAUAAAUACAAAUUCUAUGAAGUUUAUCUAAUAAAAGUCAGACAUUGCUUUUCAACCAUGCUUCAACUGAAUUAUUUUAAAAAUAAACUCAUGGAACCGGCCUGGGCAAAAAUGCUGGUACCCCUAAGUUAAUAUUUUGUUAUACAACCUUUUGAGGCAAUCACUGCAUAAAAAAAAAAUCCUGUAACUUUCAAAGAGACUUCUGCAGUAUUUUGGCCCUCUCCCCAUGAGCAAACUGCUCCAGUUAUCUCGGGUUUGAAGGGCGCCUUUUCCAGACGGCUUGUUUCAGCUCCGUCCAAAGAUGCUCAACGUGACUGAGGUCAGGGCUCAUUGGCCUUUUUUAAAAGACACACCAUGCUGUCAAAUCAGUGUAAUACUGCCACCAUGGUGUGUCUUAUGAACGUGCCGUGGGCGAUGUGGGAAUUUUGCAGCAUUUGUGCUGCCACCCUUGGUAGUUAUAUUGCUGCAAAGUCGGACUUGUGAAUGCAUAUUACACCCUGGAGCAACAAAGAGAGGCGGCAUGAUCACAUGUGGAAUUAGUGCCGAGCUCCAGCUGACUACAAUAUUGACCCAAAGCAAAUGUGGCGAUAAGUUUUGCUUUACUGGAGCGAUGAAGAGCUCUGGGAGCUGACAGAAGUAAUAAUAAAUAAAAAUUAUAUGAAAUAUAACCAAUGAAAGUCAGACAUUGUUUUUUAACCAUGCUUCAACAGAUUUUAAAAAACUCAUUAAACAGACAUGGACAAAAAAGAUGGUACCCCUACAAAAGACUGAAAAUAAUGUGACCAAAGGGACAUGCUAAUUUAAGGUGUGUCCACUAAUUAGCAUCACAGGUGUGUAUAAUCUUGUAAUGAGUCAGUGGGCCUAUAGGGCUCUUUAGUCACUGUGUUGUUUGGUGUGAAAUGCCCACGGUCUUUUGACAUGUUUGGUUGUGUAUCCUCUGUAUUCUGGUGAAAUUAGUCAAACUGACAUCCAGGUCACAUGACGAACAUUGAAACUUGAUUAAAUUUUUUCAAUCUCUA